AUGGAACUCAGAAGUCUCCUCACGGACCCGCCGUCGCAUCCAGAUGCUGCUAGGAUCUUUACCACGCCACAACAUCGACACUCAGAUAACACCCAAAGCCACGUAACAAUGAUGGCAUCUGCACCUCCUCAGAACCAAAUGCCACCCAAUGAUGGUUAUUCCACUCCUCCCGACAUCCACGCUACCAUUGAUGGUCAUGGUGGUGGCCCUGUUUCGCAGCAGCCAUCCCCAAGCAGCCCAUCUCCCAAGCAUGUUGCCUUCGAGCUUCUCCUAGAUGAGAACUCAAAGGUUAGGGCACGCAUCCCCAUGCGAGUGCAAAUAUUCCCUCAUGAUACUACUGACUCGAUCGUUACUACGGUCAAAAAUUUUUACGGCAUCUACGAAGGCGCAGCAAGCGGUGUGAGCUUCGAGGAUGAGAAUGGCAACACACUCAUUGCAAGAUACGAAAAUCUGAGAAACAACAUGACAGUCUAUGUGAGAGUCAUCUCUUGCCAUAAUAACUACCCCGAAAAUUAUACGCGAGGGGCCUACUAUAGUCCUGUCGAUGGCUAUCAACGACCUACCCUUGGAGAGCCAUUCCAGCAUCAACCGCAACACCCUGCCCAAGCUCUCGACUAUGGAAAGUCGCUCUCCCGGCCACACUCAAGAGUUGCGAGGAAGAGAAGCAGGUCUCCAGCUAGUCGAAGCCGUCGCAGUGUCUCUGCCCAAAAAGUUCCUUGUCGUUCUGGCAUCAAGAGUCAUGGGUCAAGCACCCACGGCAGUUUCCACGAUGACUCCAUGGGCCCCUGUAGCGACAAUGAUGACGACCAUGGAUCAAUGACAGGAUCAAAAAAGGCUAGAAGUGAGCAAUUUGCUAGCUCUGAAAUUAGCAUGGACAAUAUACUACAGGAUGGUAGAAGAAAGCGUCCAAAGUUUGACAGUUCGGAACUGCCUCUGUUUGUCCCUCCUCAAGUGCCUCUCGCCACGUCAACGUCGUCGAUAUCUCCUCAACGACGGUCCACCGUACAAGAAGGGCCCUCCCCAUUUAUGAGACCGGUCCAGCGCCCUUGCGUAGGACAACAACACAUUCCAUCUCCCCAGGCAUAUGGACGUCACGAUGCAGUGUACGGCUUCAAUGCAACUGUGAAUAACAUUUAUAGUACGCCUGCUCAACACGGCCAUCGACUACGCGAUCGGACAAACACACAAUCUGUUGGUGGUUUCGGGAACUCUGCCCGUCGUUCCAACAGCAAUGGCAUAUUGCCCACUCCAGAUCCGACAAUUGCGAGCUGCAUCUCCGACGAAGACGUUGCAAUGCAGCUAAUUCGUCUUGGAGACGUUUCGAAUUUCUCUCACGGGCGCACGUCUGCUUCUACCCUUGACGACGCAUUUAGUGGCGCUGCUGAUGCCUCAUCCACUGGUGCCACCACGGAUGGUGCUGAAGCCAGCGAGGAUGAUGAUGAUCUUCCACCACGCUCAAGACAAAAGUUGGAAUCCAGCCCACUGCUCCCUCCAGGAUUUGUCAAAAAGCAUCACAAGAACCUAGACGAAAUUCUUCCUAGCUGCGACAGCAGCGACCCAAGCAGUGACGACCUUGAUGGGAACUAUCAACCUCAAAAUGCUCAAGUACUUGUCAAAAACGAACACGAUAACGAUGCCGCCUACGAGGAUGCACCCAAGGCGAAGCGUCCAAAAGUCAAAACUUCAAACUCGACAGCUGCCAAAACCUCAGUUGCCAGGUCGAGUUCCUCAUCCAAAACCAAGGCUAACAAGAACCGCCCUGCUGCAACUGCCCGUAAGAGCAAGGUCACUACAAACAAUAGCAACAGCAACCAGGUGUUUGCAGUUCCAGCCACCCUCCCUCCUAUGGCUAGCCCUACUUCAUCUCGCAAAAUUUCAUCUUCCGCAGUUAACUUCCAGCAUCAGCUUGGUGUGGAUGAAGAAGACCUGUCCACCAAACCUCGCUGCCAGCGCUGCCGCAAGAGCAAGAAGGGUUGCGAUCGUCAACGGCCCUGCCAGCGAUGCAAAGAUGCAGGUAUUGGCAUUGAAGGUUGUAUCAGCGAGGACGAGGGCAAUGGACGCAAGGGCCGAUAUGGUCGCCACAUGGGAGUUCCAGUGAAAAAGAAUGACGCUUCCGUCAGCAAUGCAGGUGUCGUUUCCGCUCUCGGAAUUAAUGAGCCCUAUCCUCAUGGAGCUAACGAGCGCUAUCCCAAUCCUGCCGCAUCUUCCCUGGCACCCGCAUUGGCUCCUACCAGCGUCGCUGAUAAAAACAAGAAGAGGAAGCGAUAGUGGUCGCAAUAACAUUCCCUCUUGACGAGCGGUGACUAUAUAUACGAGACAAUGCGUGGCAUGUAGUAAAGUGGUUCUCUCGCAAACCCGUACCCGCCACAAUUACCUCCUGGAACUUCCUCUCUAUAACGUGCUUGCUUGUUCGAGUGAAUUCUGUCCUUACUUUUCUCAUCCCAAGUCCGCCGUGAGGCAUACCUCAACGUCACCUUACCUGGCUUAAAUAUUCCUUUUAGAAAAUACGGUGUUGUUUCACGCGUAAGUUUAUGUUUUCUCAUGACAAAGGUGUUGCGGAGAAGCACAAGGUUGACGGCCGUUGGAUUUUCACGGAUUUUCUCUCUUUCUCUGCUAUCGAUGCUAUCAUCAUCUUCGUCCCUCGUUUCCACUUGCUUACCCUUACUUUUGGCUGCCUUGAAACCUCACCCAAGUCUCUUAUCCGGAUAACACUAUUUAUCUAGAUCAAAAGUCACCACGUUGCAGAUAUCCUUUGCCUAACCAACCUACGUUCCUUUCCAUUUUCGUCGACCAACGAAACUAUAUCUAGUUUUCUUUACUUAUUUCAGCGAGCGAUUAGUUUCCUUCAACUGUGAACCGGGAGGGGUUUGAAGCUUUCGUGUUGCUAUGUGUCUGUCAUACUUAUACGUCUUUCCACGGACUAUAUUGUUAUAUUUUGUUUCAGUUUUAAUAUGUUUAACUUUAUUUUUUGCU